CUGGGCAGCUAUGCCGAACAUGCAUACUCAAGUGAUUCGAAUGUGACAGUCACUGUAAGCAAUGGUGCUGACAAUCAUGCAUUCGGAGUUUCUGCUCAGAAUGCCAUUGUGCUUCAGAGUUACGAGUUGUCAAACAUUGACUCGAAUGUAGACAUCAAGGCUACGGGCAAAGGAACAGUUUUUGCACAGGAAUUGCGCAAUGGCAACAGAAUGCAAUUAGAUCUUUGCUGCAACUACACACGAACGACUAGCAAAUCUAAUAUGGCUGUUGCUGAAGUAGAGGCUCUGACGGGUUUCAAGUUCGAUGAAGAAGAGAUGGGUAAGCUGACGGGAAUCUCAGAUCUGCAACGAGUUGAACUCGACCAUGACGACACAAAAAUGAAUAUCUAUUUCAAUCCGGAUGAUUUUAUUGUUUAUAUUAGGCACCACAAAACACAUGUUGCUGGAAAAUCUCAGUUUGAAGUAAGAAGGGGAGAAAGCUCUCGAUUUGGCACAGACAAAUAA